AUGUGUAGAAAAGAAUUAAUUGGACUCACUUUUAAUGAGGGAUCCUCAUCUGCAGCUUAUAUCACUCAGUCUAACUUAUAUUUCUCUCCUGAUUAUUAUCUUAGAAUUCCUAGCAAACAAAUUGUCGAUGAUUCCAAAGCGGAAAUGAAUUCCUGCGAUGAUUCAGCACUUCAAGAAGACACUACUGUAAAAGGGAAGAAUCAUGGUUCUCGACGACAUUCAUUGGAGAGUUCAUUUGUGCUUGGUGGUGAUUGUCGAACAUCCGUACUUAUAAAGAAACAAAUGAGCGAAAUUGAUAAGGAGAUUAAUCGACGAAUUCAAAAUAAAAAUAUUAGGAAGGUUUGCACAUUUUCAAUUCAAAAAUGGAUUAAUUUAUUUAAAUUAAUCCGAGAGAGAAAUUAUUUGACUUUUAAUUUUCUCAAAUUAUUGGUUUUUUCGAGUUUCGAUUUUGAAUUUCUCAUGGAUUCAUAUUUGAAGCGAAUGCAGCGAGAAGAAGAUCGCAAUAAUCAGACUUAUGAUGCUGGAACUAGAGGUCAAGUAAUCGUUCAUGAACCCGCAGUUCUGAUCGAAGGCGUUCUCUUUCGAGCAAGGUAUCUUGGGUCAACACAAUUAAUUUGCGAAGGGCGACCAACAAAGUCUAGUAGAAUGAUGCAAGCACAGGAAGCUGUUGCGCGAGUUAAGGCACCUGCUGGUGAAAUUCAACCUAGUACGGAUAUCGAUUUGUUUAUUUCGACUGAAAAAAUCAUGGUUUUAAAUACCGAUCUUCAAAGAAUAUCAGAAACUGAUGUUCGACAGGAUAUUCUAAUGGAUCAUGCUCUUCGAACUAUAUCUUAUAUUGCUGAUAUCGGUGAUUUGGUAGUGCUAAUGGCACGGCGUAUGUCGCAGUCAGCAAGCACUGAAAAUUGUUCAGCAGAUGGAUAUGAUUCCAUUCGAAGAACGCCGAGGAUAAUUUGUCAUGUGUUUGAAUCGGAUGAAGCAUCAUUUAUUGCUCAAUCGAUAGGACAAGCAUUUCAAGUUGCUUAUGUCGAAUUUUUACGCGCUAAUGGUAUUGAUGAUCCGUCUUACUUGAGAGAAAUUGAUUAUCAGGAAGUUCUUAAUUCUCAAGAACUGAUGGGUGAUGAAUUGGAAAUGUUCGCGCGCAAAGAAACUCAGAAAGAUAUAGUCGUACCUAAAAAAGCAGGCGAACCUCUUGGCGUGGUAGUUGUUGAAUCGGGUUGGGGAUCAAUGUUGCCUACCGUCGUUAUUGCGAAUUUACAGCCAAAUGGUGCCGCUUCUCGAUCGAAUCAAUUAAAUAUUGGUGAUCAGAUAAUUGCAAUUAAUGGCAUAUCACUGGUCGGUUUACCACUCGCUUCAGCUCAACAAACAAUCAAGGGCACAAGGAAUUCUACUGCUGUUAAAUUAACUGUUGUGUCAACUCCACCUGUUGUUGAAGUGCGCAUUAAACGACCAGAUACAAAAUAUCAAUUGGGAUUCAGUGUACAAAAUGGAGUGAUAUGUAGUUUAUUACGUGGCGGUAUUGCGGAGCGUGGCGGAAUCCGUGUAGGACAUCGAAUCAUUGAAAUUAAUUCGCAUAGUGUCGUGGCUGUACCGCAUGAAAAGAUUGUAAACAUGCUCGCGACUGCAGUUGGUGAAAUUCAUAUGAAAACUAUGCCUACGCUAAUGUUUCGUCUUAUUACUGGGCAAGAAGUGCCCAAUUAUAUAUAA